GUGUUUUAUUACUAGACGUCCGUCGUAUAUUACGCCCGCCCCAUGUAACUGAAUGCACCAGGCAACUAGAAAACCCCCGAUAUUUCUCGCUAAAGAUUUUCACUUCACGACAAACGAAAACACUAAACAACGACUUCGCAUCAACUGGUACAUUAUUGCAAAGGAAUCAAAUAAUUUUAUCACCAUUUUCCGUACAUUACAUUACUCAAUUUUCCACGUACAUCUACAUUAUCAACAACUAUUUUCCUGCUCGUUGCACGAGCUUUUUUGAAUUUUUCGAAACAUAACACACAAAAAUUUUGAAUUGAAACUAUGAUCCAGGCGAAAAUAUUGAUGGAUCGUUUUUUUUCCGCGACGCUUUUGUUUGUUUUACAUCCUGAGUAAAACUCAGUACGCUGUGAAAAUGGCGUCAGGAUCUACAGCAACCGCACCCAGUAAUCGGCCCCCCGGGAUAUUAAACACAUCACACGACCGGGAAGAUCGACAAGAAAACUUUUCCUCGAAGCAAUCCUUAUCCGCGGCUUCAGGCGCCAGCAGGAGUUACGCGCCCACUUCCAGGUCGAACGGGGGCUCGAAGCAGUCCACCGAACAGAACAGACCCCAACGGCAGGAGCGGAACAUCAACUAUCGUUUCUUUGCGGACCCGGGCGCGAAGCCGGCGUACGGGAGUUUGCGACCGCGAACCGCAGCUCAGAAGAAGAAAGCGAGAAGCAAAAAAGCGAAAGAGAAGGAAGAGUUGUACUUGCAUGGCAUGCAGGCGCAACCAUUUAUGUUCACGCCGGAGAUGAAACGAAACGUAAACCACGAAGAGAGUGGUCGUGGACGAAGAGAGUGUUGGACGAAGUCCAACAACAAGGCCAAUAACAACACGGACAAGCCAGUUAAUACGUCAAGCGAUGACGCAACCGCGACCGCCGCUCAACGUGGGGCCACUGCUACUCCACCCGCCCAGCUGCACAAGAACCAGCAACCGAAGAAACAACCCUCGUCUCAUCUUCAGCCCCAUCGGCAGUCCGGGGGCUCCGAGAUCCGGCGGGCGCCGGCGAGUGCGCAGCACGUGACCACGAAGUACGACGCGGCGCUCAUGCAGGUCCGCCACAAGUUUCCGGACGUGUGCUGGCAUUUUCUGCAGGGCAAGUGCACGCACGGCGCGGAGAAGUGCCGGUUCUGGCAUCCGGGGGAGUCAGAGGUGGAGGCCUUGGUGGAGGAAGCGAACGAUGCGGUGGGAAGUAAGAACGAGUGUUCUACUACUCAAGAGGCGCAGGCUAAUUCAGCUUCCAUGUUCUACGGGCCGGAGCCGCCGGUGGACCUGAUUUACUGUCCGGACGCGAUGAACUCUUCCUCCGCCAACGACGCACUUACGUCCCGCUUGGACACGUACAGCACUACCGGUGCGGAGCAGGAGGAGAGCAGUUCCCUGCACUCGGCGGGGGGACACACGUCGCAGCACACCACCUCCGCUGCGUCCGGGCGGAAACGGAGCAAAAGCGGUAUUAGCUCUACUUCGGGAGGUGCUGGGAAAACGGCUGUUUCAUCGUCUCUCGCGAGCACAACGUCGACAAGUGCUAGUGGGGUCGUCCCCGGGAUGGGGCCCCCGAUUUUGAUGAGCAACGCCAACAGCAAUCCAUCCAAUUCGAUGAACACUGCUGGAAAUAGUAAUUACCGCUACCCAGUCGUGCCGGAAAAUCUGCAUCCCGUGGCGAUAGCCGGGCGGGGCGGCGAGAUCCGCGAGUUCAACCACAUUCGACGCGACGCGGCGUACCCGGCGAGCCAGGAAUAUCAAAUGCAACAAUGUCUGGGUCUGGAAACUUGUAAUGCUGUGUUGGAAAUAGUGAAUGCUUUGUAACGCACAGCCAUGCAUGAGAAAUAUCUGCGCUUCUUUGUGUUGCGUUUUUCGCAUGAGAAACUGCGUUUUUGCAUGACAGGCAAAAGGGUCUCUUCUUGGACACGCAUCACAAACUUUUUUGUCAUGCCAGACAAGCAUGACAAAUCUCGCAAUCUUCCAGACCCAGACAUUUUUGCAUUUCAUAAGGAAGAGCACGAGGCCAUCUUGAUGCAGCAAAGGCGACUCUGGUUGGAGCGACACUACUUUCAUUUGGCCGCCACAAAGGUCGUGCAGCAGCGGCGGGCAAUGCAGGUAUGGAGAUCUGAUUAUUAUAGCGGUGGAUGUUGUAGUUUCUACAUAAAUGUUGCGCAUCAGAGAUGAGAAUUCUUAAUGGCUCUGUAUACUGGCUGUUGACUCUGCGCAUGAAAUAAACAAGCAACUUUGUCGUCGGUUGGCUCUAGAUUCACUACAGUUGCUUGCUUACUAUACUUAACCUCGCGGGAUGAUACUACAUUCAACACAACUUUUUCCAGGCCCAAGCCGCGCUGGCGAUGCACGAGUACUUGCAGCGAGCCGAGGUGGAGCAGUACGACAAUGGUGAUGGCGCUUCGCAGAAUAGUACGUCAAACGCCAGUCCGUCGUUCGAGACGGAACACGAUCGGGAGUACUACUACAACGCAAAUAAUCAUCAACACUACCACGGCGGCGUCGAGCCGCCCACUGUUGCUCCCACUGCUGCGGCCCUCGGGACAGCGAGCACCACUGCGAACGGCACGACCAGGAUUCCGCCGCUGUUGUCCGGUUCUUCUCCCGCGUAUUAUCGCGACCCACUGGCAGAACAGAUUGCGUGGGAGCGAGCGGCACGGGCUAGUGCAUACUCCUCCACUUCUACUGCUGCAACGGCUCCUGGAGCUGGACCAGGGGCACCUUAUCUGCAGAAACCCGCUGAAAACGCAACUACUAGUGUUGUUCUUGAACAACAACAAUCCCAGCACGACGAUCCUGCUUUCCCUCCGGACCGCGCACUAUUUGGCUCGGUGUUGCAGACAACUAACAAGAGACCGGCAGUCGUGACGGGCAGCAACCGUCUACCGCAACGGAACGGCACAGGAAGACCUCCUGGAAACAAACUGUUCAUUCAGGCCGGGGAGCACGACGGUCAGGACGGCGCGAUCAUGCACCCGCCAGCAAACGAGGACCACGCGACAACAUCGUCGUCCACAGGCGUGACUAGUUAUAAUCCGCACAAUCAACGCACAGGAGCAAAUUUUCCGGUACAGCCGCCGUCUCCGCCGGCGUUCCUCCGGCAGCAGUUGGAAGCGCGGUUGCGCGAGCAGAUGAUGGACAGGAACUAUCCGUUGUAUGACACGACGAGGACGCAGCAAGGAGCAAAACGGUCUUCUUCACAACUCGCACAGGGAGCAGCUUUUUCGCAGCAACACGAUUUUCCACCGACCUAUACUGCUUCUUUUCAAAAGAGCAACCUCGUGGUGUACCAGCAUCCGACCUCGAUGACGACAUCUUCUUCGCGCGCAGCUGCAAAGAUGAAUAAAGCGGUUGUUCUUUCCGCUCCACCGGGGCUCGGGUCCGACUCAGAAGGGGAGGGCGAGGUCGAGCAGCAUUAUGGUGACCUCGCAGCUGCAGCAGCUUCGGCCACUACACCGACGGACCCCUGGUCUCGCCGAGGGUGAGACUCUUACAUUUUCAAACAUCAGCUUCGAUAGCAGGAAUUGCAACAGGCAAAAAAUGAAAUCACGUAAAAUUAUUUUCUUGAAAAUGUAUUAUAUGCACGACCUGAUGGCCGCGUGGUUUUUCUCGUUUCUCAAAAUGAAAGCGAGAAACAGAAAUCAACUUUCCACUCGAAGAAGCUGCUGUGUGUGUAAAAUAAACCGUUCGAAUCUAUUCCUUAUCACGCAUUAUCAUUUCAUCCGGUACAGUAGAUCGGAGUCUCUCGUCGGUGAAUCGACACGUGAGUCUUCGUGAUGAUUUUGAUGAUUUCUUGUACAUUAAGUUUGUUUUUACCUCUAUUUAGUAUUCGAAGUCGAAAUGCCAAAAUUCUCUUGUACAUUAUUGCUUUAUCAUCGACAAAAGAUUUUGAAAAAAGAACCGACCACACUCUUCCACGUACAUUACAACAUUCUGCGGGCCGAAAAUGUGAACUAUUUUAGCGAUUUAGAGUGACCCUAGCAUGAUCUUCUAUAUCGAUAACGAUAGUUUUUAUUCGCUCCUGAUAAGAGUCCGCGUCAGGGAGUUUAUUUUCUUAAUCCGAUUUCAGCAGAGAACGUGGCCUAGUACCGACAGUAUUGCGCAGUCGUGCUCGUGCGUGAAAAGAACAACCAGGACGAGGUACUGCAAUAUCCGGGAAAGUUCACGCUCCUCCUGAAGUUGAGACUUUUGAUGGCAAUGAAAUAUGUGUAUCAAACUUUUUUUAGAAAUAAACCGUGAAAAAAGAACCGACAACUAUUCAAAUUUUGAUUCGUUUUACAACCGAUUUUCCUAAUAUGCAUGCCUCGAUGUUAUACUAAGUAUCUAAAGUUUUUUAUGAUUCCUUUGCAAGUAUGAGAUAGUUUAUUUUAGUAGUACAAAAGUGGUUUUCGUUUCGUUUGUGUAUUGUCGGGAAAAAAUUUAGCACUACUUCUUUAGCGGGUUCUUUCUUUUGUCAGGUGCGAUUUUUUUGUAGAUUAUGAACAAGGUGCAGAAGUAUUCUGGGGAAACUUUAAAGCGACGGCAUUAUAAGAAGAAAAAGUCCCUUUCUAAUACAUAUCAAUUUCAAUCGCAAAUACUGCAAGAAAAAGAAUGAAAAAUUCUCACGGGCGCAGUGCAAAGGCGGAAACUCGGAGAUGACGUGCGCGGCGGAAUUUUGUAGCGUGCUUUUGAAAGUCCAAAUUGCUUUAGCUAUCGCUAUUCUCUGUCCUUUCGCGUCGCGUCUCCUUGUCUCUGUCGUUGUGAGAGCAAUUGCACUACGUUUUUUAACCGAUUGUAAAUUAAGCAAAUUUUUCUUUCAGUUUGAUUGAGUACUGUUGAUGUUACCCUUCCGUACAUUAUCAGUUCGAGUUUUGACACUCGAGCUAAAUUUUCCCUUACCAACUUAUUCCCCCCUUCAAGUAGAACAUCUGGAAAUACUAAGCCGAAGUGAAAAUUUCCAAUCAAGAUUCAAGUACCAGGAGUGCACUCAGUACCGCUUUCGUUAUCAACCCCGAUGAUGUCUUCACACUUUAGCUAUAAAGUUCUUUUCUUUUUUGUCCCAAAAACUUAGAGUUAUUUUCUCGUGGUGAAGUGAAAUGUAAAAUGCAGGAGGUGCAGCGACGCUCACCCGCCUAAGAAGUAAGAAGUGGAGAGCAUUUUCGUGUAAUCAUAAAAUGAAAUUCUAGGUAUACCGAGUGGGAAUUUUGUGGUUCUUGGGUGAUCGAUGCGCAUAAGCAUGACAAAAUCAACAAUUUUGAACACACACAGCACUGCGGCAUGAAACUCUUUGUCUUUGUUUUUAAAGGAAUUUAACACUUUCACCUUGCUGCUACGAGUUGUACGGGUG